AUCCUCGUGUUGCAUUCGCGGAGAAGCACGUUGGCUCUCAGAAGUUUCGUAAAAGUCUCUGAAAAAACUCAACCACUAUGAGUGACAACGAGGACAACGAUGAGAUGAUGAUGGAGGAGUUUGAGCCUGAUCAGGACGAGAUGGAGGAAGAAAAUCAGAACGUUCACAAGCAAGAAGGAGAGAAAUACGAGUGUGAUCUUUCGGCUUACAGCCUCUUUCACGAGGGAAGUACAGGGGCACCUUGUCUCAGCUUUGAUAUCCUUCAAGACAAGCUUGGAGAUAAUCGGGACUGCGAAACACCAGUGUCAUGUUACUUUGUGGCUGGCACACAAGCAGCACGCACUCAUGUGAACAACAUUAUUGUCAUGAAGAUGAGCAACCUGAAGAAAAUAAGUGAGGGAGAUGAUGACGAUGAUGGGAGGGAAGUUUGGGGACUCUUGCAACAGGUGACUGUGAACAGAAAUAUCCAUAUUUGGAAACCAACUGAAGGAGCAUCUUGGUCGGUGGAUUCGCGUCCAUACACUGCCCACCAAGCUUCAGUAGAAGACAUUCAGUGGUCCCCAAAUGAACCACAUGUUUUUGCCUCUUGUUCUGUAGACAGAAGUAUCAGAAUAUGGGACUGCAGAGCAAACCCAAGCAAAGCUUGUAUGAUUUCAGUGGCAAAUGCACAUGAAAGUGUUUCAAUGUUUUCCGGGAACAAAAAUUUAAAACCUUUUCAUAGUGUUUUCAGAACUGCCCCAAACUCGUAUGCCAAGUUUUCCCCUAAAAUUAUAGAGGUGACAACAGUGGAGUGGCAUCCAUCUGAUGCUUCAGUCCUAGCCACAGGAGGAGAAGACCACCAGAUUCUGCAGUGGGCCCCUGGCUGUAGAGGGGGAGAUGCUGAUAAAACAGAUUCGGGUGAAGAGCCCCGGGGAUUUCUUUGUACUUCAGGAUGUUCCCAAAGGAAACAGCCCCUUUUCUUUCACAGAGGACAACUGAAUUUUAAAGAGCUGCAUUGGAUCCACGGGUUCCGAAAAUUCUUCAAAAUUGUGUAA